AUGACGGCUCUGGCUGAAUUUCUCCUGCUGGGUCUCUCUACCGGCCCUGCCCUCCAGCCCCUCUUGUUUGCUGCCGUGCUGGCCUCCUACCUGGCCACUCUGCUGGGCAAUGCCUUCCUGGUGACCCUGAUCCUCCUGGACAGCCGGCUGCACCGGCCCAUGUACCGCCUGCUGACUCACCUAGCUCUGCUGGAUGUGUCCUACGUGAGCACCACCGUGCCGCAGGCCCUGGCGCACAUGCUAGCCCAGAGGCGGGCGCUUCCUUUUGCCCGCUGUGGGGCUCAGCUCUACAUCGCCCUCUCUCUGGGCAGCACCGAGGCCCUCCUUCUGGCCUCCAUGGCUGUGGACCGCUACCUGGCUGUCUGCCGACCUCUUCACUACGCCGCCAUCAUGACCCCGAGCCUCUGUGGGGGGCUGGCAGGGGGGGCCUGGGCCCUGGGCUUUUUGCUUUCUGUGCCCAAUGCCGCUGCUGCCCUCCGCCUUCCUUACUGCCUCGGGCGCCCGCCCAUUGACCACUUUUUCUGCGAACUGCCGGCAGUUCUAAGAGUGGCCUGCGCAGACACAGCCCCCAACCGGGCCCUAGUCUAUGCCAUGGGUGUCCCCAUUCUCCUGGGGCCCUUCAGCUGCAUUCUGGCUUCCUAUAGUCUCAUCCUGGCCACUGCCCUGCGCCUGCCCUCGGCCCGGAGUCGCCGCAAGGCCCUCUCCACCUGUGGAGCCCACCUGGCCGUGGUGGGCCUCUUCUACGGGACCGUGAUGGCCAUGUACCUGAGGCCCAAGGGGCCCACCCCGGCCGGGCGCCACAAGCUCACAUCCGUCUUCUACAUCGUGGUCACUCCGCUGCUUAACCCACUCAUCUACAGUCUGCGGAACAAGGACGUGCACCGGGCUGCCAGGUACGCCGCCGCCCGCAUCCAGGGGCUGAGGGCCGGAGGGACAGAAUCAUAG